AUGGUAAAAACGACCAAGGAUGUGGCCCCACAAGCGGCGGAGGAACAUGUAGGUGGUGGGCACAUUGCAGUUACAGCGCAGCAGUCACGGUAUGCCUUGGAUGCUGUUGACGCGCCUGCUUCGAAAGAGGUACUCAUCAAGGACCUUUCCAUCACGGUCGGAAACCGAGAAUUAGUUUCACGAACGACUCUGCACUUGGUAGAAGCGCGGCACUACGUGCUAGUCGGGCGGAACGGGACCGGGAAGUCGACACUGCUUCAGGCCAUGGCUGAUGGACUGGUGCCCGGCAUCCCGUGGAGCACGCGUAUCCUACUCCUAGGCCAGACUAGACGUGCCGAUCUCACGGAGGGCGUGACCGGACUGAAGCUAGAGGAGGAAACUGUCUUACACCAUGUCAUCCGAAGCGACCGGGUUCGGGAGCGCUAUAUGCAAGAAGCGAAGACGCUUAGCGACGCGGUCGACAAUGCGAACGAUCCCAUUGCGCCAGUCCGGGCUUAUAGGCGCAUUGGCCAUGCUAGACUAUCAUUGCAGUUAAGAGAAGCACAUCGUCUGGCGGAGAGGAGGAGCGGGCUGCGAGGAAAAAAGGCCAGACAGGAGCUCGUCAAGCUGGAGGAGCGCUUCCAGGAGUCUGGGAAGCGUUUAGCAGAAAGCGAAGGCGAUAUUGAUCCAACCAAGCUGAGCGAAGAAACUCAGGCUGCCUUGGAUAUGCUUUCUGAUGUGCAGGCGUCGCUGGAUCUGAUGGACGCCGGUGGAGCGGAAAUGAAGGCUCGUAUGGUUUUGUCGGGUCUUGGCUUCAAGGACGAUCGCAUCGAUAGCCCAGUAUCAGAGCUCUCUGGGGGCUGGAGAACGCGCUGCGAACUCGCCUGUGCGCUGACACAAUAUGCUGACGUACUGCUGUUGGAUGAGCCCACCAACUUUCUCGACUUACCAUCCAUCAUAUGGCUGCAAGGCUAUAUUUGCGACCUAAAAGGCCCGACGGUCCUGAUUACCACCCACGAUCGCGAUUUUGGGGAUGCCGUGGCUGACGAGCUGAUCAUGCUCCGCAACCAGAAGCUGGAAACGUUCCGCGGCAACCUGUCUCUGUACGAGCGCGAAAGAUGGAAGAAGUUCAGGUACCUGACCAAGAUGAAGGAGGCCCAAGAUAAGCAGAGAAAGCAUAUUGAGAAGAGCAUUGCAAGCAACAUCAAAGCAGCCAAAGACAAGGGAGAUGACAAGAAGCUUAAGCAAGCCGCGUCACGGAAGAAGAAGCUCGAUGAUCGCAUGGGCAUGCAGGUCAAUGCCAAGGGCGGGCGCUUCAAGCUGAAUCGCGACCUCGCUGGCUAUCACACGUCUCGUCGGGGUGAGAUUGAGAUACCAGACUUUGAUCCCCCGGUUGAGCUGUCAUUCCCGCUCCAGCCGCCCGAGCUGAGAUUCCCGGGCGCGCUGGUGAGCCUGGAGAAUGUGUCGUUUGGGUACCCCAAGAGCCAGGAGCCAGUGCUGAAGGGCGUUAGUUUUAGCAUCCAGCCGGGCGCACGGAUUGGGCUGGCAGGUUUGAACGGGUCAGGCAAGUCGACGCUAGUGUCCCUGAUCAUUGGCAGCCAUGGUGGAGACGGCCUGACAGCGACGUCGGGGAAUAUCAUCCGGCAUCCAAGAGCAAGGAUAGGUCGCUUCUCGCAGCAGGCUGUGGAAGAACUUGCCGCAAUGGCGUCCGAGGACGCCAAACUGACCGCCCUGGGGCAUGUAAUGAAGUCGGUUGGCGAUGGUGUACAGGAGAAGGACGCGCGAGGGCUGCUGAGCGGCCUGGGUCUGCACGGCCAGACAGUGUCGGACGUGCCGCUAAUGCUGCUCUCGGGAGGGCAGAUGGUCAGGGUGGCGCUCGCUAGGUUGUUGUGGCCGCCUCCACAGCUGCUCAUUCUCGACGAGGUGACGACGCACCUGGACACGGACACAAUCAUGGGUCUGGUGCUCGCCCUGCGCAAGUGCGAGGGGGCGGUGGUGGUGGUGACGCACGACAGGUUCUUCAUGAGAACCGCCGUGGAAGGAGAGUGGCCGUACAAGCUAGCGCCAGGGGUUCGUGGCGGCGAGGGCGAGGCUGACGACGAGGACAACGACUCGGACGAGGGGGCGGCAGGGAUGGGGCCCGCGACCGUUUUUCGGGUGAGCAAAGGGCAGGUGGAUAGGCUGGCGGGCGGCAUGGACGAGUACGAAGAGAUUGCAGCGCGAAGGGCAGCGCGCGGGCGGGUGCGGCGGUGA